GACAUAAUUUUCAAUAUUUUGACUACAUUGAUUGUGUUUUGGAAAUUAUGUUUCAUUUAAUACGUAGGAUAUGAUAAUAUUAUAAACCAAAUUGUGUACCCAUUUGUUAUUCUGUAAUUUCAAAGAUAUUUGUUAUGUAUAAUAUGUAAUGAUAAGUGAACGAAUCUUCAAAAUUUAAAAUGCUUAGCAGAUUUUCUGAUGUUCUACAAACCGCUGCGGAUGUACUAGCGCCGCCAGCGACUAGGUUAGAAGAUUUUCAAUACCACUGGAAGAUGAUCAUCCACUUUUAUCAGAAUUACGAUGAUAAUAGUAAGGUGCACAUUGAAGAUACUAGAAUACCUCAUCAUUUACAUCAGAUGUUACAGCUCAUAGUAGAGGAGGAAAAGGAGCAGCAAGGUGGUACAGUAGGUCCUUGUUUGGAAGCUAUAGUGCAAAGGUCAGUUUGUUUGUUGGACGCCUUAACGGCUCUUGCGGCCGCUGAUAGGCCUCCAGGGGCGAGGUCCCUGGCACUGACCACUGGAACUGCACUUUUAAGGCGAACGCGUCAACCAUGCGUCAACAGCGCACAUGUAUAUAGGCCUUUGCAGAGAAUGUUAAUACAGUGCAAUGAAAAUCCAGCCUCGCCCACAGAAAAGGAGGAAGUUGAACUCCUCCUAACUCUAUGCGGUCUGGUUAGGAAAGAGCCUGGUCUUGCCAAUAUAUUCACUACACCGUUCGUAGAAGAAAAAUCUAGUCUGUUAAGCAUACCUGAGGAUAUACAGCGGCUAAUACCGUUAAAAAGCAAAGUCCAAACUCCAAAGAAGAAUCCCCUAUUCGAGGUGGAAAUGGCACCAAAUCCAAUGAGAAACAUUUCUUUAGUCCGGACUAACUCGAAGGAAGAUAAUGGAGCUAUCACAACGUCAAAUAGCUCAGUUGCAGAUGACAAUGUAUCUUGUAAAAGUCAGAAAACUGUGUAUGAAGACAAUGAUAAAUUCUUAUUGAUUGAUUUGUUACUGUCUUACUUAAAUAGUGCUGUGAGUAUGUUUUUGUCACUUUUUGUAAUUUGUCAGUCCCACAAACACUUGUUCUUUGCGGCAUUCGAACCUGCUUAUCUGCAGCGUCGUAGCACAGUGGUAAAGUUUAACCACUGGGCGGUAGCAAUUAUUAGAUUAUCCAUCUUAUGAGGCUAGUUAUGGUGGAGGUGUAUCUUUAGAUGUGGACUUUUGAUAAGUUUUUGUAAGUAGAUAAAUCGUGGUUGACAACCACGCAGUUUGUUGCAGUUAUCAUUUGGAAGUUACUGCUACGAUCUUCUGUUUCAAGUAACCUCUGUCAUCUUACGACACUCACGGGAUGUUAUAGGAUACAGCAAUGUCUAUAACGGGUCGUACUUUUGGUUUGAGGGAGGUAAGCCUCUUUUCAAUACAGGCCAUUAAAAUCCUUGCUAAUAAUGGAAAUUUAUUCUGUUUAUAAACAUCGUCAUCAUUACAGCUCUUCACAAGUCCACUGCUGAACAUAGGCCUCCUCCAAAGAAUGCACAAAACACGAUCUUGAGCCACUUGAAUCCUCAGACACCAACCUUCGAUUUCCUACAUCUCUUGCUAGGUUGUUCAUCUCCAGGGUCUCCAUCUAGUGCGGGGCCGUUCUACACUUCACUUACCGGUACGAUUUCUAAACAUAUAUUAUUAUGUUUCACAGUUUGAAUAUUUCUAUAGUGAGCUUGUUAAACAACUCUUAUCAAAACAUUAUUUUUCGGUCUUAUCUUGGUUAAGUCACUAAUCAAAUGUUACAUUAACGGAAAUAAAUUUUGUGUUAAAUUAUGUUACAACACAAUUCAAAAAAUAAAUCAAAGUCUAGUUUUCGAUGAUAGAUAAAUGCAAAAUACCCUGAGUAACAACAGGGACCAGUCAUAAAAGAGUUUGAAUUCUGGAUUUCUUUUUUCUCUUUUGAAAUUCCUCUAAUUCAUUCUCAUUUGAAUUUUUUUCUGAAAAAAAAAUCAAAUGUUGCAAUUGUAGUAAAUUUUGCCUACUAUUCAAGUCCAGCUGUGGGCUGAUGAAGAAAGAAGGAAUAUUUUAUAGUGAUUUUUUAUAUUUGGCCUUUGUAUAUAGUUAUCAGUUCAAUAACUUGUCAACUCAAGUUGAAUGACAAGUUCAACUUCAGGGUACUUUUGAGGUACAAUGAUUUAUUUUUGUGGAUUUAUCAAAUAUUCAUAAAGUUUUAUACUUUAACAAUUUAAAAUCGGCUUAAAUUUCAUAGUAUGUGAACAACCGUUACUAGGUGAUAGGUAGGAAUGAGCGCUAAGAGUCCGCCUGUUAGAUAUCACCCUCUGUUUGGACUGAUUUGGCUUGCGUUGUCGCCAAUAGUUGGCGUUGGGCGUUAUUUGUGUCGCGAUGUUGUUUGAUACACACGGUUUACUUAAGGACUGUGGGAUUGUUGGCAUUGUGGGUUCCUUAACGUAAUCCAGCCCAAUCCUUGGGGUUGGAAACAGAUUUAACAUGGUCCUUCGAGCAGGAUCCGAACUAGCGACCUAUGGAUGACCAUGAUCUAUUUUUGCUGUCAAUCAGCACUGCGAGAAACCGAGAACGAGAACUCCUGUGUAUCGGCUUGAUGGGUAUAAAAGUCAGUAUUAGGGAUGAUCGAUGUUGCAGAAACAUCGAUGUUGGCAUCGACAGCUCAACAUCGAUUUUCUAUAUUUAGCCUACUCAAAACAACGAUGUUGACCAUUAUCGAUGUUUUUUGUGUCAUAUUGUUUCAAAAUUAUGUGAGUAUACAUACACAGCAAGGGAAAAAGUAACAAUUAACUUGAAUAUCAAUAACAUCAUCAUCAUCAUCAUCAUUACAGCCCUUCACAAGUCCACUGCUGAACAUAGGCCUCCCCCAAAGAAUGCCACAAAACACGGUCCUGAGCCACCUGCAUCCAUCGACUUCCUGCAUGUCUUACCAGGUCGUCACUCCAUCUCGUGGGGGGACGCCCUACACUUCGCCUACCGGUACGAGGCUGCCACUCGAGAACCUUUCUUCCCCAUCGGUUGUCGGUUCUUCGAGCUAUAUGGCCGGCCCACUGCCACUUCAGCUUACUAAUCCGUUGGGCUAUGUCGGUCACUCUGGUUCUACUGCGGAUAUCCUCAUUCCUAAGUUUAUCACGCAGAGAAACUCCGAGCAUAGCCCUCUCCAUAGCUCGUUGAGCGACCUUGAGCUUCCUCAUACGGCCAGCAGUGAAGGACCACGUCUCAGUUCCGUAAGUCAUCACUGGCAACACGCACUGGUUGUACAAUUUCGUUUUAAGGUUUUGAGGUAUGUCUGACGAGAAGAUGUGUCGUAGCUUCCCGAACGCUGCCCAGCCGAGUUGAAUCCGUCGAUUGACCUCUCGGUCGAAGUUGGACUUACCCAGUCGGACUAUUUGUCCCAGGUAAACAUACUCGUCAACAACUUCGAGCUUAGUGCUCCCAACAACUACCGGCAUAGGUGUGACAUGGACAUUAAACAUGAUCUUAGUUUUGUCCAUGUUCAUCUUAAGACCUAUCCGUUGGGAAACACUAUUGAGGUCAUUGAGCAUAGUACUUAGGUCCUCCAGCGAUUCUGCCAUAAGGACUAUAUCGUCGGCAAAUCGAAGGUGAGUGAUGUACUCGCCAUUGAUGUUGAUACCGUAUCCUUUCCAGUCCAGAAGCUUGAAAACGUCUUCCAAUGCAGCGGCGAAGAGUUUCGGGGAUAUGACGUCACCCUGUCUUACACCUCUCUGCAAUUGGAUAGGUUUCGUACUCUGGUUCUGUACUCGGAUAGCCAUCGUAGCCCUACUGUACAAGCACUUCAACACUUCGAUAUACCGACAGUCAACUUGGCACCGCUGAAGGGACUGCAGCACCGCCCAAAUUUCGACGGAAUCAAAGGCUUUCUCAUAGUCCACAUACGCCAGACAUAGUGGCAAAUUGUACUCUUCGGACUUCUGUACAACUUGCCGAAGGGUAUGUAUGUGGUCUAUGGUGCUAAAGCCCUUUCGGAAACCGGCUUGUUCGGGAGGCUGGAAGUCGUCAAGUUUGCGCGCGAGACGAUUCGUAAUGACUCUCGAAAACAGCACGUAGACGCGGCUCAGAAGGGAAAUCGGUCUGUAGUUCUUCAAGAGAGCGUUGUCACCUUUCUUGAAGAACAAGACCACCGCACUUCUGCUCCACGCCUCCGGUGUAAUGCCACCAUGGAGGACGGAAUUAAAGAGCUUCUGAAGGACUUCAAGUACCGGUCUUCCACCCGCUUUCAGAAGCUCCAUCAAUAACAUAAUAAACAAUAUUUUAAUAUAUACUUUACUUUACUUUACUUUACUUAUCUUCACGCACAAUCCCUGACGGGGUAGCCAGAGAGAACAGAUCGCCAAGUGUCACGAUCCUUACAUAUCUCUUUUGCUUCUUUCAGAUUCAUUAUCUUCUUCAUACAUGCACGUCUAGGUAUCCGAGUACUCUUGACCCUACCCUCUUCGAGCAAUUUGCUCACAUGGUCUUCGAAAGUUAGUCUCGGUCUACCUCGACACCUUUUAAUAUUAACUUUCGCGCUAUAUAUUUUCUUCACCAUUCGGUCUUCACUCAUUCGCUCAACGUGCCCAAACCACCGAAGCACGCCCUUAUCAAUUUUUGUGAUAAGGUCAUCUUUCAAACCUGCCAUAUUGCGAAUCUCUUCGUUUCGCUUUCGGUCGGCCAUAGUAACGCCGCACAUUUUACGAAGAGAUCGCAUCUCCACUGCAUUCAACUUACUUUUAUGCUUCUUCUGGCAUACCCAGGUUUCGCUGCCAUAUAACAAAGUCGGUACCAACACUGCGUUAUGUAUUGCAAGGCGUGCACUCUUCGCUACGCCUUGCCUUUUGACUAACGCAGUCAGGGCACCAUUGACUUUGUUCCCGGCAGCGACACGGGAACAAAGUCAAUUUAAUAUAUACAAUAUUAAAUAAUAAAAAAAAACUAAUACUAGUAGCUUAAUUAUCAUACAGUUCUACUCCCCGCGGUAUCGUGCCAAGAACGCUGGCUGCGUUUCCCCGCUGAAUGGCUAUACUUAGCCUUUGAGCGAGAAAAGAACCAGCCCUCUUAGCAACAGCAGCAACGACCAGCCGCGUAUGGAGUUCCUUUAGGAACUUCACCGCACGUGGACCCCACGGACCGAUAGUCUCUACAGCAAAUGGCACAAAUAUGUAGUCAUAUUUGCGCUACUUACUUAUUUAUCAAUUUACGUAGAAUAGUUAUUAUGCGAC